AGCCCAAAGCGCUAGUACGGUACAAUUGAAUGAGCUCGUAAAACCCUCUCAUUUAUCGCCGGCGAUAAACCUCCGAUUUUGUGCAAUCCGAUUGUAAUAGCUCGUACACUGAAAGCGACAGAGAUGGACAUUGAUUUCGAAGAAGAGAAGCUCAAAUCUUUGCAGAUAUCAUCCCUCAGUGAGGAGGAGGAUGAAGGCGGAGCCCCGGACAACGACGUAGAGGAUGCAGACAGUGAUGAAAUUGACGAUGAAGAAGAUCAGAUUCCGAUGACUUUGGGGUUUGCAGAGAAGCCUAAAAAUCCUUGGUCAUUGCGCCGCCAAUACUUCCCGAGUAAAGCUGGUGGCUCUCCGGCAUGGUUGGACCCCAUUAAUUUACCUUCAGGAAGCUCCAGUCUGUGUGAUUUUUGCAGUGAGCCUUUGCAGUUUCUGCUUCAGGUUUACGCCCCUUUACCUGAGGAGUCAACUUUUCAUCGAACACUGUUCGUUUUCAUGUGCUCGUCAAUGUCCUGUCUUCUUCGUGAUCAGCACGAACAGUGGAAGCGGUCUCCAGAAGUCCAGUCCCGAAGCAUCAAGGUUUUUCGGUGUCAAUUGCCGCGGGCAAACCCCUUCUACUCCAGUGAGGCACCUGCUGAAGAUGGAAGCCAGCAGCCAUUGACAGCUGGAGCAAUGCUAUGUGAUUGGUGUCGUGCAUGGAAAGGAGACAAAAUUUGCAGUAGCUGUAGAAGAGUGCGGUAUUGUUCUGGGAAGCACCAGGCUGCUCAUUGGCGAUCCGGUAGCUCAAGUCAUAAAGUAUUGUGCCAACAGUUGGAGGCAUCUGGCAAGGAUUCUGAAUUAGCUGCAAGCAACUCCCUUUGGCCCGAGUAUGAGAUCACGUGUGAGGAUGAAUGUGACUUUGAUGAGGCAAUAUCCAAUGAUAAUGGAACUGGUAGUGCAUUGGUUUCUAGAAGCCGAACUGAGGGUUCUGAUGGAAAUCUUAUAAAAUAUUUCAAGGCAUCUGAUGAGAAUAGUAGUUGGGCAUCUUUCCAAGAGAGAAUAUCUUCAGCUCCCGAACAAGUCUUAAGAUACUCGAGUUCCUCUCAAGCAAAGCCAUUAUGGCCCGUCUUUAGUGGCCGGCCAUCAAAACCGGAUAUUCCUAGGUGUAACCAUUGUGGUGGCGCACGCGCCUUUGAAUUUCAGGUUUUACCCCAGAUACUGUACUUCUUCCAUGUGAAAGACGGUGAAGAUUCUCUCGACUGGGCCACCAUCGCCGUGUACACAUGUGAGGCCUCGUGUGAAGGAGGUGCAAGUUACAAAGAGGAAUUCGCGUGGGUUCAACUUUCUAGUCAGUCUAUAUCACACCAAUGAAUGCCGAUAGUGUUGUUGUGUGCAAAGACAAAGUUGGGAAACCGCAAAUAUACUCAUAUAUUCUUUUGUCUCCACUUCUCACAUGAAAGAGAUACAUAUAGUGACUUGCAUCAUCUCUGCAUUUGUCGUUGUAUGUUUUUGUCCUACUUUGUUGUUGGUCGGUCCCCCUUUUUUGGGUUUGGAAGAUGUAUGAGAUUAUUCCAGAGUUGAAUUUUGUAUUUUGGUGGUUUGGAAUACACAUUCAGGUGAUGUUAUUUUUAUUA